AUGUCCCUGGGGGUCAUCCUACUGCUUAGACUUGUGUUUUGCCUGGACCAAAGGAUUUGGGCACAAACUGAUCUACCUGACAUCUACCUAAAUCCUCCUGAAGAUGGAUACCUUCCCAUUGUGACUGUGACUUCAGUCAUCAGUGUUCUCCCUCUCCUCUUCCUCCUUAUCUUUCUCCUCUGCCGGUGCUGGUGUCGAGCCAAAAACAGGGCCACUGAUGAUGAGACCAAGAGUGAAGUGAAUUAUAACAGCUCCAGCCCAGACAUGGACUCCCAGGAGGAAAAUCAAUGGACUUCCAAGAGGAAUGAUGUCUCGGUGGAUAUCCUGCCUGAGGAGGACAGACAGAUGGACAUGCAUCCCCACCCAAGGCUUCCCUCCUGGGCUAUGCAGCUCAGGACAGGUGGAGGAACCAUGGUCCCAUCCCUGUCUGCCCUCUUCUGUCUUGGGCUGUGUCUGGGGCAGGUGAUACAGGCUCAGAAAGGCCCACUGCCCAAGCCCUCCCUUCGGGCUGUGCCCAGCACGCUUGUACCCCUGGGGAAGCCGGUGACCAUCAGCUGUCAGGGGCCUCCAGGCAUGGACUUGUACCGCCUGGAGGAAGUGACAUCCCGGAAGUAUUUGGACCAGGCGGAGCUCUCCAUCUCGGCUAUGGAACGACGCUUCACUGGACGCUACCGCUGCUCCUAUCAGAAAGGGAGCGACUGGUCUCCCCCUAGCAACCAGCUGGAGCUGGUGGCUACUGGAGUUUUCAUCAAGCCCUCGCUCUCAGCCCAGCCCAGCACUGCCGUGGCCCCAGGAGCGGACGUGACUCUACGGUGUCAGAGCCAAUAUGGUUUUGACCAGUUUGCUCUGUACAAGGAGGGGGACACUGGGCCCUACCAGACACCCGAGAGGUGGUACCAGGCUGAUUUUCCCAUCACCACGGUGACUGCUGCCCACAGUGGGACCUACCGAUGCUACAGCUUUUCCAGCAGUUCUCCGUACCUGUGGUCGGCCCCCAGUGACCCCCUGGAGCUCGUGGUCACAGAAACCUCUGUGACCCCCAGCUGGUUGCCCACAGAACCACCUUCCUCUGUAACAGAAUUCUCAGAAGCCUCCAGGAAACUGAACCACUCACUUGUGAAUGAAGACUCCACCACUGAACCUUCGAGGAAUAGCACCGUUUUUCCAAAGGAGUCAGAUCCUCCAACUGGUCUUGCCCUCCAGUACUACACCAAGGGAAAUCUGGUCCGGAUAUGCCUUGGGGCUGUGAUUCUAAUACUCCUGGUGGGCAUUCUGGCAGAAGAUUGGCACAGCCGAAAGAAACCCCUGAUGCACCGGGUCAGAGCUGUCCACAGGCCACUCCCACCCCUCCCACAGACCCAGAAGUCACACAGUCGUCAGGAUGGGGGUCGAGCAGAUGGUCAUAAUCGAGGAUACCAUCAUUAG